GCUAAGCCGCGAUUUUGGAAGGGACCGGGAGGAGAUCUUCUGAUAGUUGACUCUAAGUUGAGGAAAUAAUUGAAAGAAAACAAAUUGGUAUAGGAUGAGCUGCAACGGGUGUAGAGUACUGAGGAAAGGGUGCAGCAGCAGCUGCGUCCUCCGCCCGUGCAUCCAGUGGAUUGAAAGCGCCGCUGCGCAGGCGAACGCCACUGCCUUCGUCGCCAAGUUCUUCGGCCGGUCCACGUUGCUAUCCCUCCUCUCGUCUGUGCCCCUCCGCCACCGCCCUGCUGUGUUUCGGUCGUUGCUUUACGAGGCGUGUGGGAGGACAAUAAACCCGGUGGGCGGCGCAACAGGGCUGCUGUGGAUGGGAUGGUGGCAGCUCUGUCUCGAGGCUGUGGAGACAGUGCUUUGCGGUGGAACCAUUCGGCCGCUUUUGGCCGAAGUCAGCGGCAUCGCCACUGCAAAUUAUGCUCUCCCUGGCUGGCAUCAGAAGAAGAGAAAAAGGAGUGAUCGGAUGGACGAGAGAUCGCCGGCAAAUGAUGGCCACUACCUCUCCUUGUCGACGUCUUCGGAUAGCUCGGUGACGAUGACUUGUACUACGGGAGAGGAGAGUGAGACGAGUGCAGCAAAGAAGCCCACGCUUCUAAAACUAUUUGAAUAAUGAAUAAUGCAUGAUUAUUCAUUUCAGAAAAAUAAUGCUAAAUAUUGAUAUGCGAUCGUAUAUGAAGUUGUGGUUAUCUCAAA